AUGAGGGAAAGCUUUGCUAUCUCUUCCUCUUCUUAUGAGGGCACUAAUCUCUGUAUUGUAUCUCACAGCUUCUACCUGCAUAUUCGACUGUUUCUGGCAACACUGAACACAUCCACUGCUGAAGGAAUAGCACACUGCAGCCAGCAUCUGGCCCUGGGCGUCUGCUGCCCUGGGGUCAAGAGUUCUGGGACACAUGGUUCUGGAGUUCAGGAUUCUGGAGUCCAUGUUCCUCUGCACAGGGUCCGAGGAGGUUCUGUAUCGUUUAACGUGACCAGGAAGCAAGAAGCUCACCUGGAGGAGGUCACAUGGGGCUUUGGCCCUGACUCAAAUUACAGAGUCCUGCUGCGAGUCGGUGCUGAAGCAGACGCUCCCACUUGGGUCAGCCUCCAGGACAAGUAUCAGCAGAGGGUCCAUGUGCCCAGCAUCUUGUCCCUGAAGAUUGAGAACCUGACCUCUGAGGACAGUGGACUGUACCGGGCUCGAGCCAGCUUCACUGGAGGAAUAGAACGUAACCAAGUUUUCCCCCUUACCGUCUAUGAGCCGGUGCCCCUUCCCCAGAUCCUGUUCAAGUUACUGUCCAUCACACCAGGCUGGUGCAAUGUCACCCUGGAGUGCAGAGCCUCAGGGGCCACAGAGGACCUGACGGUGACCUGGCAGAGCAAGGGCCUCCCCAGGGAGCUGGAGCAGAGCGUGACACUGGGACCAGCCCCCAACUCCUGGACCCUGCCUGUGAACCUGCCCCUGAGGCAGCCCAGUGCCAGCUUCACCUGUGUGGUCAGCAACCAGGUGGACCAGAAAACUGCCACCUUAGACCUUGGGGAAGUCUGUGUCCAUGAUUCACAAGGACAGGUCAUUGCUGACCCCCUGCCAGGCAUCCUAGGGGCUGCCGUGGCUGUGCUGUUGAUCCUUGGAGGAGGACUGUACCUUUGGAAGACACGUGGGAAGAAGAAGAAAAUGGAGACUGGAAGAGGUACAGAAUUGCAGGAGGACCACAGGGACAAUGAUAGUGGCAUCCAGUACGCAGAGCUGAGCCAGCAGGAGUCUCGAAAGGGCACACGCAAGGGUAUUGGUGAGCGACAUUUAGAAGAAAAGGAGCCUGUUAAUACUGUCUACAGUGAGGUCCAUAAGUCAGAAAGUGAAGCCAUGAAGAUAAUUUAAUUGGAGGAGGUAGGAGAACUGGAACUCCUAGGGCACCUCCACUCGGAGCUUGAUCCUUGCAGACACCUGCAUCUCUCAGCCCUGGUCCAGCUCCAGCUGCCCUGGUCUGUGUUACUUCGACCCUCCUGCCCUCAACUCCCUGGGCAUACAUGGCCUUGUCGUAUCCCCUGUCACCUCUCCAAGCUGCCUUCCCACUCAGGAUUCUCACCCUGCAAGAUGAGGGCUCUUUUUCCAUCAUUAACUCAUAUCCUGACCACUCGCCUCCUGAAGCUUCCCAAAGAGAACCUUCCUGCACAUGAUAAUUCCCACAGCCUCUGCUGUGUGGCUGGUAUAUGUCUUUCUGAGAACACAGCCCAGGCAUGGGGACUGCGUAGAAGAUAUUGACCACGCCGCAGAGGAAGGGGUUAGGACCUUGAUGCUGGAAACUGAGUUGGGGGUCCGUGGAGGCAGCAUGGGUAGGUGGGAUCCCACAGAGGGCUGGCCUGAGGCUUCCUUUGCACCCUGUAUAGGGCAAAAGGUUUGUGUCGAGCGGUGUGUUUGUGUGUGUGUCUGUGUGUAUGUUGGGGGAGUAUCCAGUGUAUAUUAUACAUUGGGCCACAGCCCUUUUCUCUGACCACUAGUACUAACCUCAGCUUCAGCUCGUAGACCUCAAAUCCACCUCUUGCAGAGUGGGAAAAGGAAUUUGUAUUGUUUCUGGACCUUCUGAGACUUCUGUUUCUCAGAGAGGGACCCAAGUUGGGACUUGUGUUCUUAGGAAAGCAGCCUCAGCCCUUCCUUGUCUGGGGUAGGGGAACUUGGUCAUUAGAAUGGAAGUGCAGUGUGCCUCUCCCACCUCCCCUUGAUGAGGCUGCUAUGAGGGGUGAGGGGUGAGGCUUGUAGGAAGGUCUGAGCCAACCCUCUCCUGCCUCCUCUACUGACCCUCAGCACCCCACGGCCCCGCUGGCCUCAGAUCCUAGGUCAGCCUCCUCUUUGCUCACUCACAUCCCUCUGCCUGAAAUGGCGGCUCCCUUUCCCUAUCCCUUCCUCCCAUCCCUGUGUGUUGGAAUCCUACCAUUCCAGCCCAAAACCCCCUUCCAAGUCACAUGUUCUACAUGUUCCCAUAGGUUUGAAAAUAGUCUCUUCUCCCACAUCUGUCCUUUUCAGACAACUUGGACAUAAUCAAGGCCCCUGCCGUAGGUUUGCUUUGGGUUGGUCAUGAGUCUUCCCUGCUAGCCUCACCUGGGGCUCCCUCAGGAGGGCGUUGGAGCUUUAGGGGGCCGGUGCCAAGGAGACAAGCACCUCUCUCUGUGAAGUGUCUGAGCUACCCUUACUCCCAACUCCCACAGAGAGUUGGGAGCAGACAAGACCCAGAGCACAGAGGCUGCUGAAGUCUUUCUGGUAGUGACUCCACAAGGAAGCAAAGAGGACAUGAUGAACUCCAAUGACACUGCCUGGUUUCCCCAACCCACAUCCAGCUUCACGUUGCCUGAGGACCUAAUGUAGCCUGCACUGUAUUGUGGGAAGCUUCUCCUCUCUCUGGGGGUCCUCACCUCCUCAAAGCCUCCGCCUUCUGCCUUGAGUCCCAGCUCUUGAAUCAGAAAUGGACUCACUCUGAUACUAUGAUCUGUGGUUCUUUGUCUGCUGGCCUAGAUUCCUGGGUCUCUUGGUUCCCCUCCCAGCUCAGCAAGCUCAGCUGCUUCACUUCUGACCUCAGAAAGCCAAGUUCUGGGCUAAAGGACUGAACGUUAUGCUAGGAUCCCGCUAGAUGGUGCAUGAAUAAGAGAGGAGCAGAGUUUCCAUAAUAAGGCUCUUUCUAACCUCUUUCUGCUCAGGCUGAACAGAAGGCUGAGAAGGAAAAAGAUGACAUCUCUCACUGGCAUCCCAGGUGACCAGUCAUGGCUGGGUAUCAGUGCCCAUCAGUCCAGAAGCACUGUAAGAUGUGACCACCCAUUGACCCCUCCCCCCCACCUAAAGCAGAAGAGGAAAAAAAAUGAAAGAGGAAGGGAACUUGACUUUCCAAGUCUAUCAUGAACCAGGUUUUGUCCCAGGCAUUUUAUAAAGAUCAUUUCUUCUUACUCUUAUAAGAACUCUCUAGGGUAGGUAUUACUUAUCCCCAUUUUGCAGGACAAGUAACCAAUGUCCCAAAAUAGUUGGUGGCAGAGCAAAGCCUUAAAUCCAACACUGGACAAUUCCAGCAUUCAUAUCUUAUCCUUUGCCACAUGGUCACUGAAGACCUCGUAAUCCUGGAAUAUUCGGAGGAGAAUAUCCUCCAUUUGUUCCUCUUCCAAUGAUCCCGGUCUUCUGACUCAGGUGCCCCAACUUGGAAUGAGUUCAUCCUGAUGAUGGAUGGAGCAGUUGGUGGUUGAAAGAGAAACUGUCCCUUAAGUGGACAGUGGGGUAGGAGAUAUGGGUGGGAGACAUGGACUGAGAGACCCUGCCCUCUGGCUCAGAUGAGACAUUCAAAGCAGAGAUGCUUUGGGGCUUCCCUGGUGGCACAGUGGUUGAGAGUCCACCUGCAGAUGCAGGGGACACGGGUUCGUGCCCCGGUCCAGAAGGAUCCCACAUGCUGCAGAGCAACUGGGUCUGUGAGCCAUGGCCACUGAGCCUGCACGUCCGGAAACUGUGCUCCGCAACGGAAGAGGCCACAACAGUGAGAGGCCAGCGUAUUGCAAAAAAAAAAAAAAAAAAGCAGAGAUGCUUCUUCCUCUUGGGUCUUGUGGGAGUUACUUCCUCUCAUUCAAUGUGUAUUGUGGAUUUCAGCAUCCCUAUUCUCAAGCCAACUUCCUUUUCCAUUGUUAUUCAUAACUUCAUUCAACAAUUAUGUGAGGCAGAUAUCCUCAAUGUACAAAGGGAAAAUUAAAAUCCAGAGAUGUUAAGUACCCUACAGAAGUUCUCCCAAGUGUAAGUGAUGUAGGCAUAUCAGGGGAUAAUAAUUUCACACACUGUGAUUCCUUUCUCUCUAUCAUCCCAGACAUCCAACAAGUUACCGUCUUCCAUUGGGUUAUCCUUCAUAAAGCUUCUUGUACUCCAUUCUCCUCUUAUUCUUUCAUUCCCAUCUUACACCUGCAGCUGCACCAUUUUUACAUUUCCACCAGCAAUGUAUGAGAAUUUCUCCACAUCAUCUCCAACUCUUGUUAUUUUUUGAUUGUUGCCAUCCUAGUGCUGGUGAAGUGGUAUCUCAUUGUGGUUAUGAAUUGCAUGUCUCAAAUGAUUCAUGAUGAACAUGUUUUCAUGAGCAUAUUGACCAUUUGUAUACUUUAUUUGAAGAAAUUUCUUUCUCUCUUGAAUUGUCUCUUGUCAUCCAUUGCCCCUACCUCUUUGUUGAGUCUGCUUUUGUCCAGUCACCAGGGAACUUCAUGUUGUUAAAUCCAGUGGUCAAUUCUCAAUCCUCAUUUCCCAUAACUUCUCAGCCGCAGUGGACCUAUAUUUUCUGGAAACACUGUUUUCACUUUGCAUUCAUUAUUCACAUUAUUUUCCUCCUACUGGGUGGUUGCUCCUUAAUUUCCUUUAUCAGUAUCUUUCCAAUAUCUCCAACUUCUAAAUUUUGGAAUAACCCAGGGUUCAUACCCAGACCACCCAGACCACAUCUCUUCACUGUCUACACUCAUUUCUUUUUGAUGUUAUGGCCAUGCAGUAAUCCCAUGACUACAUGACCUUAUGUGGCAAAAGGGACUUAAAGAUAUGAUCCCUCCCCUGGACUCCACAUUGUAAAUAUCCAACUGUUUACUUGACAUCUCCACUUGCGUGUAUAACAAGCAUCUCCAUCUUGACAUAUCUAAAUUCAAACUCCCCAAACAUGCUUCCUAUACAAUUUCUGAUCCCUCCAAAUGUCACCUCAAUCCUUCCAUUUUUUCUGGCCACAAAACCUUGGUGUCAUCCUUGACUUCAUUAUUUUUCUCACACCCCACCUUCUAUCUCUCUUAGAAAAUACUGAUAUCUUUUCAUUCUAUAUAUAUUCAAAUACUUAUUUUCAUAUACCUAUAUGAAAAAAUUAUACUUAUAAUGAAAUACUUCUCACCACCUCCCUAGUCCAAUAGGGUCAUCAUUUCUCACCUGGAUUACUGCAGUAGCCUCCGAGUCUCCUACUUUUGUCUUUAAUCCUUUAAUGUCUAUUUUCAUAAUAUCACCCAGAUUUAUCUUUUCAGAACUUAAGUUGCGUCACAUUACUCGUUAGCUCAGAACUACCCCAUGGGCCCACUUUAUCUGGAAGGCCCUGUAUCAGCUGACCUCAUCUCCCAUGCUCCCCUCCUUCCUAAUCCCCUCUAGGACACUGGGCUCCCUGCCAUUCCUUCAAUACUACAUGCAUGCUCCUUCCUCAAGGCCUUUGCUCUCUAGAAUUCUCUCCCUCUAGAUAUCCACAUGUCUCAUCCCCUCACCUCCUUCAGGUCUCUGUACAGAUGUUAACUCUUCAGUAAGACCCACCCUGACCUCCCUAUAUAAAACCGCAAACACUUCCUGGUGCUCUCCUCUCUCCUCCAUGGUCUAUUUUUCUCCAUAGUACUUUCACAAGGCUGUGUGACAGGGUACAUUUAUUCUGGGCUGUAGUUUAAAGACAGGUGGGUAUUGAGGCCUCAAAGUAUAAACUGCAGUCCUAUUAUGCAAAUACCAUUAUUAUUCCCAGGAAACUGCAACACUGAUAAAUUAAUGAACUUACUCAAGGUCACAUAACUAAUAGGUGGCAGAGCUGGAAUUGAAAUCUUGGAGUUGGAUUCUAAAGUUCUUGACCACUGUAUACCAAUUAAAUAAAGUAUACUCUCUCCACAUGAGGGAAUACUAUUUAUGUAAUAAGGAGAAUAAGUUACAAAUUACAUCUUUAUAUAUUUGAAUGGAAAGUUGCCCAUGAAAUAUUAAAUGAGUUAUGGAACAUGCAUAGUGUUAUCCUAUAUUGUAAAUAUAUAUAAAUAUGUUUAUGUGGGCAUAAAAUAGUCUAAAAGCUAGUAGGUUAAGAAGUUAACAAUGGUUAUCUUCUGCGGUCUCUUUUUCUGUAUCAUCAGUUUCUUUAUAACACUAAUCAAAAAAAUUACCUAUUAAAAAUUUUUAGCAGGACAGUGACAUGAUCAGAGCUGUGCUUCAGAUAGAUAAAGCCACAUAUACACCAACAGGAAGUUUAUCAUCUAAACAAGUUAACGUACUUAUGCUUAUUUUUCACUUUCUUUUGUAUUGAUUGAUGCCUUCAGGAUCUUUAUUGAAAUAACCCCAAAUAUGUGUAGAUCUGUCUAUA